CCGCGGCCCCUUCCCCCUUCCCCACACACCGGCCCCGCCAUGGACGUGAAGCGGCUGAAGGUGACCGAGCUGCGGGCCGAGCUGGGCCGGCGCGGCCUGGACGCCCGCGGGCUGAAGGUGGAGCUGGCGCAGCGGCUGCAGGAGGCCCUGGACGCCGAGAUGUUGGCGGCGGGGCCCGAGGAAGGCGGCGGCGGCGGCGGCGGGGGAGGCCCGGCCGCGGCCGCCUCGAGCUGCGCCGGGGAAGCGGGGCCGGCGGGAGGCCCGGGCGGGCGGCCCCACGGAGGGGAUGAGGAGGAGGAGGAGGAGGAGGAAGAGGAGGAGGAGGAGGAAGAGGAGGAGGACGAGGAAGCGCUGCUCGCCGAUGAGGACGAAGCGGCCGCCGCGGCCCCCGAGGCGGCCCCGGCCCAGCCCGGCCCCGGGGAGGAGGAGGAGGAGGAGGAGGAGGAAGAGGAGGCGGCCCCGGCCGAGCCCGCGGGGUCGGAGCCGCUGCAGCCGCCGCAGGAGGAGGGAGCGGCGGCCGCGGCCGAGGCUGAGGCGGCCGAGGGAGGAGGCGGCGGCGGCGGCGGCGGCGUGAACGGGGCCGAGCGGCCGCCGGAGGAGGCGCCCAGCGGGGAUGAAGCGGCCGCGGCUGAGGCCAAGGAGGAGGAGGCGGCGGCGGGGGAGGAGGAGGACAAGGCCAAGGCGGAGGCCGAGCGCCGGGGGCUGAAGCGGCUGCGGGACGAGAAGGACGAGCACGGCCGGGCCUGGCACGAGUUCCGCGAGGAGGCCUACAACAGCCGGUCCAAAUCUCCGCCGCCGCCCGAGGAGGAGCCCCCGGAGGGGGAGGAGGACGAGACCCUGGUGAUCCUGGACACCUACACGUCGGACCUGCAGUUCCGGGCCAGGGAGGAUGAAUUUUCCUACGGCUUCGACGGGCGGGGGCUGAAGGUGGAAAAUGGAAAAUUUGAGGAAUUUGGGGAAAGUUUUGGAGAAAACGACGUCAUCGGCUGCUUCGCGGACUUUGAGGGCGCGGAGCUGGUGGCGCUGUCGUUCUCCAAGAACGGGCAGGAGCUGGGCACGGCCUUCCAGGUGCCCAAGGGCGCGCUGGGCGAGAGGGCGCUGCUGCCGCACGUGCUGUGCAAGGGCUGCGCCGUGGAGCUCAACUUCGGGCAGCGCCCCGAGCCGCUGGCGCCCGUGCCCGACGGCUUCGUGUUCAUCCACGAGAUCCCGGCCCACGAGAGGGUCCGGACGGCGCCGGGGCCCAAGAGCACCGAGGAGUGCGAGGUGCUGCUGAUGGUGGGGCUGCCGGGCUCCGGGAAGACGCUUUGGGCACAGAAACAUUCGCAGGAGAACCGGGACAAGCGCUACAACAUCCUGGGCACCGAGCGCGUCCUGCACCAGCUCAGGACGCGGGGGCCGGAGCCGGAGGAGGAGCUGGACGCCAAGAGCCGGGAGCUGCUGACCCAGCAGGCGGCGCAGUGCCUUAGCAAGCUGGUGCAGAUCGCCCCCCGCGCCCGCCGCAACUUCAUCCUCGACCAGUGCAACGUGUACAACUCGGGGCAGCGCCGGAAGCUCUCGGCCUUCAAGGGCUUCUCCAGGAAAGUCGUGGUGAUCGUUCCCCCCGAGCCCGAGUGGGAGCAGCGCCUGCAGCAGCGGCGCCUCAGCGAGGGCGACGACGUGCCCGAGUCCGUCAUGCUGGAGAUGAAAGCCAACUACUCGAUCCCGGAGAAGAGCGAGUACGUGGACGAGGUUCUGUUCGGGGAGCUGGGCCGGGACGAGGCGGCGCCGCUGGUGCUGCGCUGGAAGGAGGAGGCGCGGAAGCAGCUGCCGCCCUCGGAGAAACGCGGCAACCGCCGCAACAACCGCAACAAGCGCAACCGGCAGAACCGCAACCGCGGCCAGGGCUACGUGGGGGGGCAGCGCCGGGGCUACGACAGCCGCGUCUACGGGGGCCAGCAGCAGCCGCAGUACUGGGGGCAGCCCGGCAACCGCGGGGGCUACCGGAACUUCUACGAGCGCUACCGGGGCUACGACGAUCGGUUCUACGGCCGCGACUACGACUACAACAGAUACCGCGACUACUACCGGCAGUACAACCGCGAGUGGCAGAAUUACUACCAGGACAGAGACCGGUACUACAGGAACUACUACGGCUACCAGGGCUACCGGUGAACCCCGGCCCAUCCCAGAAAAUCCCAAAAUUUGGGGAGGUGGGGGCGGGGCAGGGGGGGGAGGG